UUGGGGGAUUUGUGUGGACGCAAAACCAGAGGGCCGUUUGUGGAUGCAAAUGGUGAGGACAGUCUUCACAUUCGCCACCGACCGCUUCAACACACCCAUACUAUUCGAAUCUCACCCUUUUUAAUCUUUCCCAACUACAACCAUUUCUUGAUUCAAUUCAUUUCCACUCUCAGAAAUGGCGGAUUCUGCCUUUUCUUCCCUUCCCGACGACAUUCUUCUCAACAUCUUCUUCAAGCUCGAAGACGAUCCCCGCUACUGGGCUCGAUUGGCCUGUGUUUCCACCAAAUUCUCCUCUAUUAUCCGCAACAUCUGCUGGAAGAAUAAGUGUUCCAAGGCCAUCCCCUCUCUCGUUGCUGAUCUUGCCAUCGGCGGCUCUAUUCCCCCCGGUGGAUGGGCCUCCCUUCAUAAGCUUGCUGUCUGUUGUCCCGGUCUCAUCCAUUCCGGUGUUCUUCUCGAGAAUUCCGAUUUCGGCCUCGGCCGCGAGCUUGGUCCUGAUGAAAAUUACAUGAAAUUGGUCGCGUCUCACCUAUCGGAAACGGAAACGAAAUCGAAAUCCUCUACUGCUCUAUUUGAGGUUAAUUCUGAUCUCUCUGCCUCUGCUUCUGCUUCUGAUUGUGCUUGGUCUCUCUACGAUGAUCUGUAUCUCGAUACUGUUUAUAAUGAUUCUGAAGCCUCCGAUGUUCCCGACCCCCAAAUUGGUGUUACCAAAGUGGAGAAAGGCGUUUUUAUGGCGGAUAGGGAAUUUUAUCUUUCGGAGAGGAGAAGAAUCAGCAGGUCCAUGAAAUCGCAUUUGGCAUCUGGUGUUUGGAACUUAAGCAGGGAAGAAGGAAACAAACUGCUUCGAAGCCGAUUUCGCGGCGAUUCUCUGUACAUUUGUGAUUGGCCUGGAUGUGUUCACAUUGAAGAGAAGCGUAAUUACAUGAUUUUCAGAGGCGUUUUCAAGAACUUCAAGGGAUCUCAUGUCUGGAGAACGAUAAGGGAUGGCAAUAGGAACAAAAUUGAUGUGAAUUGUGCGUUUUGUUCUUGCAACGAGACUUGGGAUUUGCAUUCCGCCUUCUGUUUGAGGCGAGUUUUUGGGUACCAUGAUGAUGGAGAGCCAGUUGUUCGAGCUUAUGUCUGUGAGAAUGGACAUGUCUCUGGAGCUUGGACGGAUCUGCCAUUAUACACUUGAUUUCACUUCUGGGUUUGCUCUAAUUCCUCAUUCAAAUCCAUAGGAACUCGAGAAAUACAUGGAGGCAAUGUUUUGCUGCUAGGGAAAGAUGGGACAUAGCAUAGCUUUCAACCUUGGAGGAUGAUGGGGCGAAAGAAGUUGGAAGUUCAAAUGGAGCAAUCCUUAAAAGAUAAGUAGAAAGAAAUCAGAACCUUGGUAUUUUGUGCGUAUUUGUAUAUGAUGAAUUGAUCUGUUAUAGUGGGAGUAUUGUUUCCCCUUCUUCAUUUAAUGAAAGAAAUGCUCUAAGACUAUGUUCUUACAGAUUUGUAGGGCCAA